CCAAUUAAUGGUAAAGUUCCUGCAGGUGUUGGUUAUGUAAAUGAAGACGGCUUUAAAGAUGUUAUUGAAGGGAUUUCAAAUAAAGUGAGCGAUCUGUACAGAAGAGCUUGGAUACCUGGUAAUUACAAGAACAUUUAACUUACUUAAUUUUUUAAUAAUUACAAUUUGAAGUAAUAAUUUCUUGGGGUCUUUAGUGAAUUAUACACACUCACACUAAUUAUUUAAUACUCUAAAAUAUUACAUAGAGCCUAUGUUGUAAAAUGUAUUUUACUAUUACUAUUUUUAUUAAUAGGCAUAUUGUACAACAAUUGUACAACAAUGCAUAAAAUUAAGUCAAUAUGUCACAUGAUGUAUUAUAAUCCUGCAAAUGGGCUAAAAGUGUAAAUUAAUAUAUAUAUAUAUAUAUAUAUAUAUCAAUGGUAUACAACAUCUUGGCAUGGUAUAUUAGAUAUUCAUGAUAAAUAAUACAAAUGAAGCAACCACCACAAUUCCUCUUAAAAAUGUUUUUUUUUUUUAAAUUAACUUAUUUCUUAAUUUAUUUGGCGUUUUAUUAUUUAAAUACUAGACAAUCUUUGUGUCUUACUACUAUUUAAAUAAUUGUAAUAGAAAAAUAAAUUAAGCAACAUCUAUAUUUUGUCAUUUACUGCCACAUUUGUGGUCUCUAAUAUGAAACGGGAAUACCUCUUCUAUUAUAUACUAGUUGAAGUGUUAUUUAUUUGUUUCUGUUUUUUGUUUUUGUUUUUUUUAAACUCAACAUUCGAUAGACAGCAAAUUUUCAAUAAUCCUGUAAUUUAAAUCAAACCAAUCCUUUAUUAAAAGUCAUUUAAAAUAAUUUAGGCUUUAUAUUUUUAAAAAAACAAAGUCACUGGUUAAGAACCUCAUGUUUUAUACACUAAUACAUGCUAAGAAAAUAAAAAUAAUAUUUGUUUUAUUUUAAAGAUUUUAAUCUAUACAAAAUUUACUCAAAAUUUAAUUAUUUACAGAAACAGAAUUUAUAAUGCAAGACAAACAGCAUAGUACAUAUGAUAGUAACACUGCAAGGGUAAUAGAGGAAAAUUUAAUUAAAAUAAUACCAGACAUUUAAAUGUACAAGAGCAGGCUAUGAAGGUUAAUAUGGAUCCAAAUGACAACACCCAACCAUGUAGGCUACCUGUUACUUGAUAUGAACCCAGUCAGCUAGUUCCAGCUCUAGAUGCCUAGGUCUACAAUUCCACAACAACACUCUUGAGAAAACACUUUUAAAGUAGCUUUACUUUUCAGUAACUUUAUGAAAUUUUUAUUUCAUUUUUUAUUAUAAGGUUCCUUGCUUGAUAAUCUUUACAUACCAUUUUCUUCUAAAAGGCUCGACUGAUAAAGGUGUGAUACUAUUUACAUUGGGUAGCUUUGGUGGUCCAGAGAAGAGUUGUCAGAAAUAUCUCUGUAAACAAUCACCGCUUCUGUUGCAUCCUAUGUACCAAAAUGAAAUAGAUGAACUAUACAAAUGCCCAUGCACCUUAGACAGACUUGGUCUACAAUGGCAGAUUUAUGAGACAAGAGGGGACAUCAAGUGUUAUGCCAUUAGUGCUAUGGUAAAGAGAAGGCUCUUACCUCACAAUAUUCGCAAUAAGGUACAGGUUAUUAAAAACCAAUGAUCAUAUCUUAUGUAGUUCUUUUUCAUUAGUGUGGUUACCAAGCACAUUUUUGUUCCUGAAGGAAUAAAUCUAUGUUAGGUGUUUAGCUGAUCAUAGAUGUACUUUAAUGUAGCUUCAUCAAACUAUACAUUGAUUUUGUAAUUUACGCAACUAAAUUGAAGUUUAAUGUAUUUAAAUCUUCAAAAUCAUCCUGUCAAAUUUCUUUCAAAUACCAAAUAUCAAUAAGUGUAAAUAUUGCAUCCAUUACAUUAAAAAAGUAGAUCAGUUUCUGAUAAAUAGAUUUUAAUUUAUAAAAUCAUUGUAUAUCUUCAGCUGUGCUGCUACAAAGUGCCCAAAGAUAGCACUGAUAACUGGGUUUCACAACUGCAAGCAACGUCCUAUCUGCAAAAUUCACCUGAAGGAGGUCAUAUUCUUAUUAGUGAUCCAUGGCCAGGGGACACAUCUGAUAACAGUCAAAAAGCCAAAGAACAACUUCAUGCGCACAAGUCUUGCUGUUCUCACUCUAACCCUGAAAUGUGCAAUAGGUUCUAUAAAAUAUUCCCUGACAAACAAUGCAGUAACCAAGUGAGAUUUGUACCAGGUAGUAAACUAUAAGUUUUAAUCUGUUGAUUUAUUGUAAUUAAAAAUAUUAAUUAGAUUUUAUAAAAAUAGAUGUAAUAUUUAUAUUUUAAAAUUGAUAUGUAUGAUUUUGUAUAUAUAUAUAUAUAUAUAUAUAUAUAUAUUAUAAUUUUUUUUACAAAUAUAUAAAGCCUUUGUCUUAGUGCAUAAAAGAAUAAAGUGAAAAUGCUAAUGAAUUAAAAUUACAUUGAUAUAUUCAAGCAUUUGCAAUCGGAGAUCCUCAUAUUACCACUUGUGAUGGCAUAACAUAUGCUAUGAACGGAUUAGGCGAAUUCAUCAUGCUGUCUGUUCCCUCAGUAAAUUUUACACUACAGGUACUGAGAUCGAUUUUAUUUUUUUUUAAAAAUGCUGUUUACCCAAAGAGAAAAUGUAUUCUGUGUCUCAAAGUUUUUACAGACAGUUUUCUGAGAUUGGUAAUCUUAGCACCAUUUGUAAAAAAAUUAGUUUGAAAUCAAAUUUUCAAAUUUUUCAUAAAAAUUGUUGUAGAAUCAUUGAGAAAGUUUAAAUAAUGUAAAGUUUUUUGUAAUUUCUUGAUCAUGUUUAAAUUUUAUUUCUAGUCAAGAACUGGCAGAGCAGAGACAUCAAAGGGAGCUCCUACUAAUGCAACUGUGUUUACUGCAUUUGCUGCAAGGGAGAGUAGCACUACAAGUUUUCAAGUUGAGCUGGCUUUGAAUAACAAAAGUUAGGAGUAGCUCAGUUUGGGCAUUUUAUUGUAUUUUAAUCUUUAAUUUAUUUUUAAUUCUGUAAUGCUAAAAUUGUUUAAAACAGCAUGUGAAUUUAUUAGUAUCAUUAUCGUUUUACUAUUUAUUCAUUGGUUCCCAGAGAAUUGACAAAUACCUUUACUAAAUAAGCUUAUGUUUAAAUUAUUUAUCUGUUUUUAAUCAUAUUUCUGAUGGCUGGAUAUGCUUUGGUAAGAUAUACAAUCGUUAGUCAAUUCUCACCAACAUAUAUUUUUAAAUUUCAAAUAUUUAAGAACUAUUUUUUCUUCAUUAAUUUAGAAUAACAUUUCAUCUAUGUUAUUCUUUGAUUCAGCCAUGGUGUUGAUACUGAAUGGUAUUGACCAGACCAAUUAUUUUUACAAUGACAGAGAAUUCAUGGUUCUUACUGACUCAGUUAUUGUGACUAGGGAAAACAGGAAAAAUAUAACUGCAGUCAAGGCUAUUUUUGCAUGUGGUAAUAUAUUUUAUUUUCUUUCUUUAAUACGCUAAUUUUAUUAAGAAGUUAAAUGAACAUUUGGAAUUGUAACCAUACUUUAUUUUACUAUUGAUGUAUUCAGCAGUAUAACAUUUUAUAUUAUUCCAUAUAAAGUUACAAGUUAGCUAACCAAAGGAUGAGGCUUUAGGAAAAUAAUAAACAAAUGCUUAUGAAUUAUUUUGAAGAGAUAAGGGGUGAAUACCAUUUAUUCAUGUUUUUAUCUAUCAAAGUUUAUAUUAUCAUUUCAGGUGUAGCCAUUGAGGUUCAAGUUGGU